AUGGCCGAGACGCUGGAGAAGACGCUGUUCGCGCUCAACAUCUCCGGCUUCCACUUCCAGACGAGUGUGGUCAACAUGAAGGACUACGAUCAGGACAACCUGGAGCAGGAGGCCAUCGUAGUGGCCAUCCUGUCCACCUGGACGCACGGCAAGCCGCCCGAGGACGCGCGCGUGUUCUGCAACUGGAUCACGGAUAUGACGCAGGACUUCCGCGUGUCCAAGUCGUGGCUCAACGGGGUGCAGCACGCUGUGUUCGGCCUGGGCAACGCCGAGUACGACGAGGACUAUGGCACGGCGGCGAAGAACCUGGACCGCGAGCUGUCCGAGCUGGGCUCGCCGUCCCUCGUGCAGUUGGGUCUGGGUGAUGACAAUGUCGACCAGUUCCAGCAGUUCGACGUGUGGAUGGACAACCUGGUCGCCGCCAUGUGCUGUAGCGGCGCUGAAGAAGAGCCGCAGCCCUGUGAAGACCGAGAAGGCUGGGAAGAAGGAGUGGCUGUCCCAGAAGGAGCGGUGGAGCUCAAUGAGGAGGAUCUGAUGAACGAGCAGUUUCUGGUGGAUGACUUCUCCGACGAUGAAGAGCAGAACCAGCAGAAGACCAACGAUGACGACGGCAUGGUGGACGUGGAAGACAUUGGAAAGUCGAUGAAGGAGUCGGAGGCCGCCAGUAAGUCGCGUGAGAUGGUGACGCCGAUGCAGCGUAAGGCGCUCACGAAGGAGGGCUACAAGAUCAUUGGCACGCACAGCGCCGUGAAGCUCUGCCGAUGGACGAAACACCAGCUGCGUGGACGUGGUGGCUGCUACAAGCACGCCUUCUACGGAAUUACAAGCUACCAGUGCAUGGAGACGACACCUAGUUUGGCUUGUGCCAACAAGUGUGUGUUCUGCUGGCGCCACCACAAGAACCCGGUUGGCCGCGUGUGGCGCUGGAAGACGGACGACGCCGAGACGCUCGUCAAGGGCUCCAUUGAGCGCCACCAAAGCAUGAUCAAGGAGCUGAAGGGACUUCCCGGACUGAUUCCUGCGCGCUGGGAUGAGGCCUUCACUGUGCGCCAUUGCGCUUUGUCGCUCGUAGGCGAGGCCAUCAUGUACCCGCAGAUCAACGAGUUCUGCAAGCAGCUCCACAACCGUCACAUCUCGUCCUUCUUGGUUACCAACGCCCAGUUCCCGGAGAAGAUCGCGGCGCUCAACCCGAUUACGCAGCUGUACGUUAGUGUGGACGCCGCAACGAAGGAAUCGCUGCGCGCUGUCGACCGCCCGCUGUUCAAGGAUUUCUGGGAGCGGUUCCUCGCCUGCUUGAGGGAGCUCAAGCACAAGGGCCAGCGCACGGUGUACCGCUUGACGCUGGUCAAGUCGUACAACAUGGAGGAGCUCGACAACUACGCGGAGCUCAUCAACAUUGGCCAGCCCGACUUCAUUGAGGUGAAGGCCGUGACGUACUGUGGAAAAUCGGACGGUUCCGACUUGACCAUGAAGAACGUGCCUUGGCAUGAGGAAGUGCGCGGAUUCUGCUCGGCUCUGUGCGACCGUGUGAGCGGCGAGUACGCCUUGGCGUCGGAGCACGCGCACUCGAACUGCGUGCUGAUUGCCAAGAAGAAGUUCUGCCGCGAUGGUGUGUGGCACACGUGGAUCGACUACGAGCGUUUCCACGAGCUCGUUGCCAAGUACUACGAGGAUGGCACUCCGUUCACUGCUGACGAUUACACGGCCCCCACGCCGCACUGGGCUGUGUACGACUCGAAGGAGCAGGGCUUUGACCCUUUUGCGUACCAGUCGACUGAGUCGGGCUGCGGUUAA